AUGGUCUUGACACUUCACCACCUAGGCCUAUCCCAAUCCGAGCGCAUCAUCUGGCUCGCCGAAGAGCUCGGCCUCGACUAUAAAUAUGUCCACCACAAACGCGACCCUAUGUUCUCCCCGCAAUCAAUCAAGGACCUUCACCCCGCUGGCACAGCACCUGUGAUGGAAGAUGACCCCUCUCCCGUGACCGGAUCAAAGGUCGUCAUUGCUGAAACAGGUGCCAUCGUGGACUACAUCAUCAGCGUCUACGGCAACGGCCGCCUAGCACGUACCCCCAAAGACGGUGCAGAAUACGCGCCUUAUCUUGAAUGGUUCCAUUUCGGCAACGGAAGCCUCCAGCCGACGCUGUUCCGAGUGAUGAUGGCCAGAGGCCCGACGUCUGAUCCCAAGUCCCCAGUUGUUGCUCGCACGGUGGCUAAAUGGGAGCAUCAGCUGGAUAUGAUGGAGGCACGUUUGGGCGAGACGGGUGCUUACCUUGCUGGCAAGGAAUUGACUGCUGCGGAUGUUAUGAAUAUUUGCACUCUCACCACUAUGAGAGGAUUCAUUCCGGUGGAGUUGGAUACUGUGAAGAACAAAAACAUCCUUGCUUGGUUGGAGCGUGUCGGCGAGCGCCCGGCUUAUCAAAAGGCCAUGAAGAAGUGUGAGGGCGAGAACUUCAAGCCUAUCCUUGGCCCCAAGGCUGAGGUGUUUGAUAUCUUUAAGCCCAGAAUCUAA